AUGUCUGAUAUCAGUCCCAAGUCCGUGACGCCACUCAUCAUCAACGGUGAGUCGGUCGUCACCGACAUCAAGUUCGAGGUCCAUGCGCCUGCUACCGGCGCCUUGUCUGGCUACUGUGCUGGCGUCUCCGUUGAAGAUGCGCAGCGCGCUGUUGAUACCGCACAGGCUGCUUUCCCUGCCUGGUCCAAGACCCAGGCGUAUGAUCGACGCGAUAUCUUGCUUCGCGCUGCGGAUAUCAUGGCUUCCCGUAAGGAGGAACUGAUUGCGUACCAGCAGGAGGAGACCGGUGCGGGCCGGCCCUUCUCCGAACACACCUUUAACAUGGGUGUUAGCUUUAUUAAGGACUUUGCCGCUCGCAUCUCCACUAUCGAGGGCAUUGUGCCUAACGUUACUCGGCCGGGUGAGGGUGCCAUGGUCUAUAAGGAGCCAUAUGGUGUGAUCCUGUCUAUUGCGCCCUGGAACGCACCUUUUAUUCUCGGUACUCGCGCCGUGGCUCUGCCCCUCGCAGCUGGAAACACCGUCGUCCUCAAGGGUUCCGAGCUUUCACCCAAGUGUUUCUGGGCUAUCGGUGAUAUCUUCCGCCAGGCCGGUCUCCCCGCGGGAUGUCUGAACGUCAUCUACCACCAGGUUGCCGAUGCCGCGGCCGUGACAAAUGCGUUGAUUGCUCACCCCGCUGUGCGCAAGGUCAACUUCACCGGUAGCACCAUGGUCGGAUCAAUCAUUGCUUCCACUGCGGGCAAAUACAUCAAGCCCGUGCUGCUUGAGCUAGGUGGCAAGGCAUCUGCCAUUGUAUUGGAUGAUGCGGAUCUGGACAAGGCCGCGAUGAAGUGCGCCAUUGGAUCGUUUAUGCACUCCGGCCAAAUCUGCAUGUCAACCGAGCGUAUCGUCGUCCAACGCAGCAUCGCCGACGAAUUCAAGACCAAGCUCGCCGCAACAGCCGAGAAGAUCUUCGGCAAGGAAGCGCCCGCCCUGGGCCUCGUCAACGCUGCAGCCGUCGCAAAGAACAAGCGCCUCGUCUCGGAUGCCGUCGCUCGCGGCGCAAACAUUCUCUUCGGCGACGCCAGCGCCAAUGAGAGCAGCGCUACCAGCAUGCGUCCCAUUAUCGUCGCGGACGUCAAGAAGGAAAUGGACAUGUACGCGACCGAGUCAUUCGGUCCGACCGUGUCGUUGAUGGUCGUCGACACCGAGGACGAGGCCAUUGCCCAGGCCAACGACACCGAGUACGGACUGACAUCUGCCGUCUUCACCAACAACCUGUUCCGCGGACUGCGCGUCGCGAAGCAGAUCGAGUCUGGUGCCGUUCACAUCAAUUCCCUGACCGUCCACGACGAGCCCGUGUUGCCGCAUGGCGGCUGGAAGAGCAGUGGCUUUGGUCGCUUUGGUGGUGUUGCGGGUUAUGACGAGUUCCUGCAGACCAAGACCGUUACUUGGACGGAGUAA